AUGUCAGCCCGCAAUCCUGCCACUCCUGGGCCCCUCACUCCUGUCCAGUUGACGAUAUCCACCACCAAUGCGGCCACUGACCUCAUCAACAACUCCUACCUGACAUAUCUCGUGCCCUCCGAGACCGACAUCAACCUAGAAAAGGCCUUUGCAGGAUUCGACGGCUCCAAGCCGGUAUCUGAAUGGAUAGAGCAGAGAGACACGCUGUUUUUCGACGAGACUGUCGAUGUUUUGCUCGUUCUGAAGACGCCAUGGCUCCCUAGAAGAGAGCUAGACUACCAUCUGAGCAGGAUAAACAUCUCUCUGGAAGCUCAGGUGGCCAAUGGCAGCCUCCCCGACUACAACUCGCCCAACGCUUCGGAGACCAUCUUCAGCGGGCGGCUGCAGGAGACAAAGAAGCCCUUCGUGCUCGAAGAAAGACGGCAGGCAGAUGGCGAUGUAAAAGACGGAGAGGAAGGAAAAGAAGAAGAAGAGGAAGACGAAGAAGAAGAAGACCCUAAGCACGUCUACGCCAUGUGGAAGCUCCCCGUGCUCCUCAUACGACCCCGAAUGCGCCUCCACAUGCCCUCGGUCGUCUUCUCCGCAUCCGCGAGCCUCGACCCGGAUCUCUGGACGGAGCCCAUCGCCCCGGAAGUCGGCUACCUCACGAGCGGCAUGCCGUCGGGCUUCAACUUGCUCGAGGCCUUCAGCAACGACCCUUCCCUCAACGGCGUCAAGCCGCGACUGUCCGCGCUGCGCGUGUCCCGAGUCGCCCCCGUCACGCGGCAGCAGGACUUCAUGACCCGGCUCCGGACGCUGCCGCAGCUGAGCAUCAGGGUGUUCCCCGUGCUGCACACGAGAAUACGCUUCUCGCGCCCGAGCACGAUCCCCCUGAGCCGGUCCAUCGUCGCGCUGCUCGAGAUCGACUUCACCUCCCACUUCAACUGCGAGGCCCUCCUGACGAGCAUCAAGCUCACGACGCCCAACGGCACCGUCGAGAACCUCAACGACGACGCCGGCCUCGCCCUGCCCCUGAGCUGCGUCUCCCACGACCACGUCACCCUCCUCUACCACAUCCGGCCCCAGCAGGCCGAGGCGGCGCCCCAUCCCCGCGACACCUCGGGCAGCCUCGAGAUCGCCAUCGCCGCCUCCGUCCACGUCGUCCCGGGCGUCUGCACCCCGAGCCUCACCAUGGGCUGGACCACCGGCCUCGACUUCUCCCUCCCCGUCAACCCCAGCUUCGGCACCGCCUCCGAGUCCGGCAUCCAGCGCGCCCACCGCCCGGCCCAGCUCUCCAUCGGCAGCGCCGCCGCCGCAAUCACCCACCUCAAGUCCCCGUCCGCCAUCCGGCCCGACGCCCUCCCCACGCUCGAGGCCUCCACCAACCGCACCGACGCCGCCGUCCCCGACCUCGGCAUCACAAUGUCCUUCACCGCGCCGCCGCACCCCGUCCACCCGGGCGACGUCUUCUCCUGGACCGUCUACGUCGUCAACCGCUCCUCCGAAAAGGCAAACAGCCGCCCGCCGCGCAAGCUCGCCCUCGUCGCCAUCCCCAAGCGCCGCCGCACCGAGGUCCGCCCCAUCCGGCCCCCCUCCAGCGGCGGCCGCCGCGGCAAGAAGGAGAUUGCCGAUGCCGUCCUCGACGAGAACGUCAUCCACGCCGUGCAAAAGACCGCCGCCAUCGAGCCGACGGAAAUCAUCUGCCUCAGCGCCGACACGCGCGUUGGCCCCGUGGCCCCGGGCGCCUGCCACGUCGUGGAGCUGCAGUUCCUCGCGCUGCGCGAGGGCGUCGUUGGCUUAGAAGCUAUUCGGGUGGUGGACUUGGUAUCACAGGAACACGUUGACAUUGGUGAUUUGCCGACCAUGAUUGUCGAACCCAUAGCGGCGGCAUCUUGA